AUGCCAAACAUCAAGGUUUUCGCAGGCUGUUCCAAUGUUGAUCUAGCCAAAAGAAUAACAGAUCAUAUUGGAAUUCAGUUAGGAAACGUAAAUUCGAAGAAGUUUAGCAACCGAGAGACAUGUGUUGAAGUAGCCGAAUCUGUUCGGGGAGAAGAUGUGUACAUCAUCCAAACAGGUAGUGGUGAAGUAAAUGAUAACUUGAUGGAGCUGCUAAUCAUGAUCAAUGCCUGCAAGAUUGCGUCGUCAUGCCGCGUGACUGCAGUCAUUCCAUGCUUCCCUUAUGCCAGACAGGAUAAAAAAGAUAAAUCACGUGCCCCCAUAUCUGCCAAACUUGUUGCAAAUAUGUUGUCAGUAGCUGGUGCUGAUCACAUUGUGACCAUGGACUUGCAUGCUAGCCAAAUUCAAGGAUUUUUUGACAUUCCCGUGGACAAUCUCUACGCUGAGCCGGCUGUUAUUAAGUGGAUUCAGAAGAAUAUCAACGACUGGCAGAACUGCUGCGUCGUAAGCCCUGAUGCCGGUGGGGCUAAGAGAGUAACAUCUCUGGCCGAUCAGUUGAAUGUAGAAUUUGCGCUGAUCCACAAGGAGCGCAAGCGCGCAAACGAGGUGGACAGGAUGGUGUUAGUUGGUGAUGUUAAAGGAAAAGUUGCCAUCCUAGUUGAUGACAUGGCCGAUACUUGCGGCACUAUCUGCACUGCUGCCGAUCGCCUGACCGAAGCCGGCGCAACCAGCAUUUACGCCAUCUGCACUCACGGAAUCUUCUCGGGUCCUGCAAUAGAUCGCAUCAAUCAAUCACGCUUUGUAGCCGUUGUUGUUACAAAUACCAUCGACCAGAAAGAAAAUAUGAAGAGAUGCUCCAAACUAUUCUGCAUCGAUGUCAGUACGGUCCUUGCCGAGUCUAUUCGAAGGACACACAACGGUGAAUCUGUCUCCUACUUAUUCAACCACGUGCCCUUAUAA